AUGGAUCCUGCAAGAAAUGGAUACGGAGCGAUAGUCCAAGAUGACUCAGAGGAAAGGAGAUUAGCUCAAGAAGAUUCUACAAGGAUUGAAAUAGUGAUUCAGGAAACCCCUAUUCGUGCGUAUUGUAAAUACUGAUUAAAAACAUACAUGACAAGAGUUAAGACUGAAUGUAACUGUAGCGAAGUUCCUCUGUGUUUAUACAUGUUAUUGUUCUGCCCUUUCUGCUACUGCUGUCUUCCAAACCAAUGAAGACAAACUAGGCGAUCUUACCACGUCUGCUCUAACUGUGACCAAAGGUUAUUCAGAGUCAUAAACGGUAUCAACUCUAUAUUCCAGUUUUUAUGGCAAGCAAUUUUGGUUGUUGAAGAAGAGAUCGAAGAAAUAGAGGAGAGAAGACGUGAGGAAGAUCAACUAGGAAAUGCACCUGGUGGAGCAUUUAUUGGAGCAUCAGAAGGAGCAUCAGAAGGAGCUCCAGGAGGUGGUGCUGCAGAAAACUCAGCUACAACUCUUAUUACACUCUCAGGAAGAGAGUAGUUGAGAUACCAGACUAAUAAGCUAAAACUUAUGACAAUGACAAGGUUAUAAAUCUUCUCGUCACCAAAAAUAGUCCACCUUUGAA